AAAAACUGCAACGGAAGCUAUUCUUUCGGAAGAGGCGGUAGGAGGACUCGCUGGUGCAGGAAGACAAACUUACUUUGCCCUGUUUGAUUUCAGAAGCUAACUAGUUUCCGGUCUUUUGGUUGGUUUAUCUUCAGAAGCCAUCAGCAAAGAUGACGUUGCAGUGGACAGCUGUCGCUCUCUUUCUCUAUGUGGAAAUUGGCGUCAUUGUCAUCCUCUGUUUACCCUUUAUCUCUGCCAGGAGAUGGCAGAGCAUUUUCCAUCUGAGGAUCUGGAGUUGGAUGUCAAGAUUCUGGAAUAAAGUGUUUCUCACCAUGAUCAUAAUACUCAUUGUUCUCUUCCUCGAUGCUGUCCGUGAAGUGAGAAAGUAUUCAUCUAAAGAGCACGGCGCCGAUGCCAAGCUGCAACCAAAUAUGUUCGACCACUUGCACAUGAAGCUUUUUAGAGCCCAGAGGAAUCUGUACAUCUCUGGUUUUGCCGUCUUCCUGUGGCUCGUUAUGAAGCGGCUGAUCACUCUGAUUAAUCAGCUGGCGUCAGCGUCUGGGACUACGGCUGCUCUUCAAGCACAGGCUGAGAAUGCUAACCAGACUGCUGAGAAAUACAUGAAGGACAAUGAACUGUUGAAACAGACUCUGAUGGAAGGGCGGGGUGAUAGGGCUACUGCUGAGGGCAUGGACCUGCUAAGGAAGGAAGUGGAGAAACUGAAAGAAGAACUGAAGACUUCUGGAGAUGGUCUGAAGAAGUCCCAGUCAGAGGCAGAUGUAAUGAAGAAACAGAUGGAGGGCCUCGCCAGGGAGUAUGACAGGCUGUUGAAAGAACACCAGGAGCUCCAGAAUCUGCGAGACAGUGGAAAUAAAAAGGAAGAUUAGAUGAAAAGUUAAAGGUUAAAGUGUUUACUUAGCUCAGUCACAGACAAUUGCACCACAUGCUUGACCAUCUGUAACACCGUGUGUCAUACUAUUUAAUUACAAAUUAAAGACUGGCUCAUCUGAGGAACAUGCUUUCGGCUGGUAGCAGCAAUGGUUUCAAAAGUCUUAAACCUUUAUUAGAGCACGAGACUGGCUUAAAUGGAAUGAGUAAUAUCUGUUUCUGCCUGGUGCAGCCUGACUAAGAGGAUUUUCUUUUUCAAGGGUGCGCUAUCGGGCAGAUUAAUUGUGCAAAGCAAUUGGAGUUCAGUUAGUAAGUGACUCAGGACUGAUCACAGAGCACCUAAUAUAUCAAAUAUCAAACAAAAUGAGUGCUUUCUGUCUCAUUUGUUUUUGCCACUUUGCACAAGAUAUGGGGAAAGUUGAGUCGAUCUAUAAAUGUGGUAAAUGGUUACAAAAGUAUUUUUAUGCUAAAGGUUUUCUCUUGUUUUUGUGCAGCCACUUGCAGCUUAACUUUAGUAUGCAAAUACAGACUGCAUGUACAGUUGCACUGAGAUAAAUGAGCUUCACUUUUGUUUUGCGGUGUUUCAGCCGAUGUGCCAGAUGUUUUUACCUGUACAGCUGUAAUGGAUGACAGUAGGUAGAGGUUUUAGCCAGUAUCUGUUUGUUUUUUGUUUUUGUGUCUGUGUUUAGUUGUUUUUUUUCCUUUUAUUUGAAGUUGUAAAAAGAUCUGGCACAUACAGUAAAACUUUUUUUUUUAAGUCCUAGUUGGGUUUUUGCCUGGAUGUUCUUCACAUGCUCAGUUUUGUGUUAAGGUGCACAGUUUGCUGGGAUUCAUAUUUUAUGUCACAAAAAAAGAUUGUCUUUGUUUUGUUAUAUAUAUAUUUUUUGUGUAUCUUUUAAUUAUCCAAACAAAACAAAUCCAUGUCACUGUGAAACAGGACCUGCGAUUGUCAUCACCACAUAUUUAAAUGUUUGCUUUUUAUUAGUGAUUUACCAUUGUUCAUUUUCCCGGUAAUAUAAAUACAUGUUCAUGUUGCGCUCUGCUGUUUGGACGUAAAAAUCAGAUUUAAGUGCCUUUCCAGUGGAUGUAGAAAGCAGAAUUUUCUUUAAUAAAGGUUAUUUUUUCCUGCGCUUUGUUUUGACUUCUUAACACAAACU